CCAAAGCAAACUUUCCUUUCUUUCUUCAUCUCUGAUAUAUGAAGGAGGAAUCCAGUUCCCAAAAUUUGGAGAAGGAAAUGGAAUUCAAUUCCUCCUCUCCAAGAACCAUCCCUGUAGUCUCCACAUUGACCAACCCCUUUGACAACAACAACUCCCUUGCUUGCGUCAACGGCCACACACGAAAGCCCAUAGCUUUAUGGCCAGGAAUGUACCAUUCACCAGUAACCAAUGCUCUGUGGGAAACAAGGUCCAAGACCUUAGAAAGACUUCUUGACCCACCUGAAGAUGCAACUCCACAGAGUGAAUUGUUGACUAAAACUCCAAAACAAAGCCGUACUAGAAUCUUGUAUGGUUUUUCUACUGAUUAUAUUUUAAGAGAGCAGUAUAGGGAUCCUUGGAAUGAGGUUAGGAUUGGUAAACUGCUUGAGGAUCUUGAUGCUUUGGCUGGCACCAUCUCUGUCAAGCACUGUUCCGACGAUGAUAGCACAGCAAGGCCACUGCUGCUGGUGACUGCUUCCGUGGAUAAGAUUGUCCUGAAGAAGCCAAUUAGUGUUGACGUCGAUCUUAAAAUAGUUGGUUCUGCCAUAUGGGUUGGUCGGUCAUCAAUUGAUAUUCAACUGGAGGUCAUGCAGUCCACAAAAGAGGGCUCUGACACUUCAGACUCCGUAGCUUUGACAGCCAACUUCAUAUUUGUGGCCCGUGACUCUAAGACUGGGAAAGCUGCUCCAGUGAAUAGGCUGUCGCCUGAAACAGAGAAGGAAAGGUUACUUUUUGAAGAAGCUGAAGCAAGGAGCAAGCUCAGAAAGAGGAAGAGUGUAGAAAAAAGGAAGGAAAUUCAGAAUGGGGAGGCAAAUAGACUUGAAGCAUUGUUGGCUGAGGGACGAAUCUUCUGUGACAUGCCAGCCUUAGCGGACAGAAACAGCAUUCUUCUAAGGGAUACAUGCCUUGAAAACUCUUUAAUUUGCCAGCCACAGCAAAGGAACAUACAUGGUCGAAUCUUUGGAGGGUUUUUGAUGCAUCGGGCUUUUGAGUUGGCUUUCUCAACUGCUUAUGCCUUUGCUGGAUUGGUUCCUUACUUUCUUGAAGUUGAUCAUGUUGAUUUCUUAAGACCUGUUGAUGUUGGAGACUUCCUGCGCAUCAAAUCCUGUGUUCUUUACACGGAACAUGAAAACUCAGAAAAGCCUCUGAUCAACAUUGAAGUUGUUGCCCAUGUUACCAGGCCUGAAUUGAGGUCCAGUGAGGUAUCGAAUACAUUUUACUUCACUUUCACUGCACGUCCAGAGGCAAAAGCCACAAAUAAUGGAUUUAGGAUCCGGAAAGUGGUUCCUGCAACAGAGGAAGAAGCGCGCCGUAUUUUAGAGCACAUGGAUGCAGAGUCCAUGCAAUCUGGCGAAGGCAAAAGCAAAUAGGAAUGUAUAUUACAAAUUAAAGACAAUAAGAAGCGAAGAUAGUUGGCAUAGCUCUAUAUCCACUCGACUGGUGUCCAGUUCCACGCAUUGGAGGGAUCAUCAAUCUCACUUGUUGUAAAAACUAGUCAAUCUUGGUGAGCCCACUCAUCCAUGAAUUCAGGAGUAUUACCAUGGAAAAAGAAUUCCUGAUAAAUAUAGUUUCCUUAUCACUAGGAUACGAAUUCCUGGGGUGAAAUUUAGUCACCUUUAUUUUAUAUAUUUUGAAAUACAUUUAUGUUUCAGUGCCUUCACUGGAAAAUAAAAAAUGCCCCCCUUCCUAAUUUAA